CGAUUCAAAAUGAGUUAUUAUUAAUAGCGUCGUCGUGUGAAGCAGAUUCCACUUCGCAUUGAAGCAAUCAUUUUCACAGCAACAGCCAGCGUGAAAGCAACAGAAGUGUGUAAGAAAUCGGCCUAAAUCAUGUCAACCCCAAUGCUUUUGUGUUCAAAGCUGAAAGUAUGCAAUCAAAUAAAGAGGAUUGCUGUAAAUAUUCAAUCAAGAGCCAUGUCUUAUCUGGUCGAUGAUCCAAAAUAUUCAUUUCUAAAAAAUGAACUGAAAUUAGAACGCACCAAUGCUGGUGUUUAUAAUGGAAAAUGGGUUGGUUCAGGGCCGGCUGUUAAAUCAAUAGAUCCAGCGACGGGUAAAGUUAUCGCCGAGGUUACAAGUGCCACCAGCCAGGAAUAUGAUGAAUGUGUUAAAGUAGCCGUUGACACGUAUAAAACAUGGAGUAAUGUUCCAGCACCUCGUCGUGGUGAAAUAGUACGUCAAAUUGGUGAUGAGCUAAGGAAAAAACGGGAACCAUUGGGAAAAUUAGUUUCAUUGGAAAUGGGUAAAAUUUUACCAGAGGGAAUUGGUGAAGUGCAAGAAUUCGUCGAUAUUUGUGACUAUGCCGUUGGACUAUCGCGUACUUUUGCUGGCCAAGUGAUUCCAUCGGAGCGAUCGAAGCAUAUUAUUUUGGAAAAAUGGCGACCCCUUGGUUUGGUCGGUGUUAUUAGUGCGUUCAACUUUCCUUGUGCAGUUUAUGGAUGGAAUGCUGCAAUUGCUCUUACAGUUGGUAAUAGUGUUCUGUGGAAAGGGGCUGACUCAACGCCAUUGAUUUCAGUUGCAACCACCAAGAUAGUUGCCGAGGUUUUUGAAAGAAAUAAUUUACCAUCGGUAGCAACUCUCUGCCAAGGUGGUGUUGAUAUUGGUAAAUCAAUGGCAAGAGACGAACGAGUCAAUUUGCUGAGCUUCACUGGCAGCACUGCGGUGGGCCGUGAAGUAGCUGUAGAUGUACAGAAACGCUUUGGAAAAUCAUUGCUUGAACUAGGUGGUAACAAUGCUUUGGUUAUAAAUGAGGACGCACAUUUCGAAAAUGCUUUGGAUGCUGCAUUUUUUGGGUGCAUUGGUACGGCUGGACAACGAUGCACAACCACUCGACGUCUUAUCGUCCACGAGAAAUUAUACAAUGAUUUCUUGAAAGAAUUGAAAAAGAAAUACAAAAGCUUGCUCAAACGAGUGGGCCAUCCACUUGAAUCGACGACUUUGUAUGGACCGUUGCAUAAUCAAAUCGCUGUAAAUAACUACAAGAAUACAAUUGCCGAAGCAAUUGAACAGGGUGGCAUUAUCGAAUGUGGAGGGAAAGAAAUUGAUAGAGAAGGAUUUUUUGUUGAGCCCACAAUCAUCACCAAUUUACCACACGACGCGGACGUCAUUCAAAAGGAAACAUUCGCUCCAAUUGUUUACGUAUUGAAAGCAGAAAGUCUGGACCAAGCCAUAGAAUGGAAUAACGAGGUGAAACAAGGUCUUUCAUCAGCACUCUUCUCCACAAACAUUUCAUCAGUAUUCAAAUGGAUUGGACCAAAUGGAUCUGAUUGCGGCCUUGUUAAUGUUAACACGUCACCAUCCGGAGCAGAAAUUGGCGGUGCUUUUGGCGGAGAAAAACAUACGGGCGGUGGCCGAGAAUCCGGAUCAGACAGCUGGAAACAAUAUUGUAAACGGUCAACCAUCACACUAAAUUAUUCUUCAGAAUUGCCUUUGGCGCAAGGCAUCGUGUUUGACUGAACAGACUAUAGAUAUAAUAUGAUUUUUCUGAAAUAUUCAUACCAAAAGACAUUUGUUUGAAAAAAAGUGAGAAUAAAACCAAAAUUUCAAUCAAUCUGUUUACAAUC